UUAACUAGCCUAGCCUAUAGCCUACAUUUUGCUGUCUGCAAAAGACAGAGUAACUUAAACGUACCAUAUAACUCCCACAAGUGCAUACAAUUCGACACAACUACACAAUCAUUUUGUUAACCUUUUCAACCGAACGUUAACGUUACUCUGUCAACAGACUAUUGUCUAAAUGACCGAGCUAACAGAGCUACGUAAACAGAGCGAACAUGAGAGCACCCGACUGCAGACGUCAAUAACGCAGCGUAAUGGAAUAAUCUCCCGAUCAAACUCCGCUUCCCGAAAGUUAUAAACUGCCUCCGGAACCCAGUUAAGGCUCCUACUGCUGUCCCUGUGGAAUAUAAGCAGCCUGGUGAAUAUUUGGUGAAGACUGCUGCCAAGAUGGGAAAUGGAAUAUCAGAUCAUCACCCCCUUUUUCCCUGCCUACCAUCCUUCCAGGCUCUCCACAUUGUCAUUCUGGGACUGGACUGUGCAGGCAAGACCACUGUACUGUACCGCCUGCGUUUCAAUGAGUUUGUGAACACUGUCCCUACUAAGGGGUUUAACACAGAGAAGAUUAAGGUGUCACUCGGAUGUAGCCGACGGACAGCUUCCUUCCACUUCUGGGACGUAGGUGGUCAAGAGAAGCUUCGUCCUUUGUGGCGCUCGUACACACGCUGUGCUGAUGGCAUCGUGUUUGUGGUGGACUCAGUGGACGCUGAACGCAUUGAGGAGGCCAAGACAGAGCUGCACAAGAUCACACGGCUGGCAGAGAACCAGGGAGUGCCAGUUCUGGUGGUGGCUAACAAACAGGACCUGAGGAACUCACUUAGCCUGGCUGAAAUGGAGAGCAUGUUGGCUCUUGGCGAGCUCAGCACCACCACACCCUGGCACCUUCAGCCUGCUUGUGCUAUCAUCGGUGAGGGACUGCAGGAAGGCCUGGAGAAGCUGCACGCCAUGGUCAUGAAGAGGAGAAAGAUGCUCCGGCAACAGAAGAAGAAGAAGAGAUGAUGUGCUAAGAGGGGGAACUAUAAAAUGUAAGCUGCAUACAAUCUGCUGGUCCAUUGUGACCAGUCAUUUGGCUGCUGUUUUAACACUGAUUGGCUGAGUUUCCUUCCAGUUGAACUGUGUAUUCAGGUCAGCCAGUGUUUGGCUUCCACACAGAGGACAGUGGGAUUGAUUUUGACCCAAGGACUUUGGAUGUAAACAAUCCUGUCAGCAACAAGUCAUUCAUCAAGCAAGUCAGCAAGCUAUGGAGUUUACACUGAACUCUUUAAAGUGGACAAUGAGCUAUGACUGGUUUUAUGUUACUUGUUUUAAUAUGUAUUGCUACCAAAGCAUGUGUUAGAGCAAUUUAAUCAACGCUGCGUAUGUCAGUAUAGGGUCAAGUAUUUUGUAUCCAUGUUCCAUGUUGGUUGAGAAAUUUACAUGAAGAGUAAUGAUUCACUAAGAACAUAAUGCACAAUGACCUUAAAACAUAUGAAUGCUGUUCAAAAUGGCUGUUAAUGAUGGAAACAAUGAUUUAGUUGUUUGGUAGUGUACCUACCUUCCUGUGGCCAGAUGUUGACACAUCACAAGCCAUGAUAUUCUGAGCACAGUCACACUGAUAGAAGAACAUGUCAAUCCAUCUAAAACAUUAGGUUUUGGUGUCUUUAAAAUGAAAAAGGACGAGGGCUCCUCAGUGUUUCCCCCAGGUGGAGAAUUGACUUGUGGUGGUGGGUGGUGCAGGAUGUGACGGCGCAGCGUGUGAUGGCUGGGUUCAGUAAUAAACUAGUCAAAUAAA